AAAGCCACAGCGCAGAAGACCGGCUGGAGAGAGAAGGUCACAGGAGGGUAACCAUGGCGGAUUGAUCGCCAAAUCACAGCCGUUGUUCUUUGAUACGCCGUGUCCUCUCCGGCUUCCAUCGGCCGUGGUUCCUCCUCCGCCUCCUUCUUCUCUGUGGAUCGCCACCUCAAGAUUCUUGCAAAGCUCGUUUACUGAAUCUUGCAGCUCCAUCAGAUGGCUUCUGUAGUGUUGCUGUUUUGCUAGGCUAUUCCUGUGGAUACACUGGUUUUCUGUCGCAAACCUGAGCAAUUGUUGGAGGCUUGAAACAGCUAAUACGGUCCUGGGUCAGUUAAUGGUUGUUUGGUAUGCAUGUAGACCUCUCACGCAACUGUUAUCUGUGUGCUUGUGUUUGGCACAUGCUUGAGAGAUAAGAAACAACUCUUUCAUGGCACCACCUCUGUUGCUGACCUCGUAAACUGUGAUUUUUAUUCACCUUGCCAUGGCUGCUAAGUUGGACAGGCUGGUUCAGACCCCAUUGGCCUUUGUUUUUGAUGGCCAAUGCAACGGUGAUUACCAUGAGUACAUGGUGGCAAAACCUGCUGCAAAAAGGCGGGUCUUUGUGCAGACAGACAGUGGCUCUGUCUUGGACCUGGAAUUGGAUAGGAAUGACAAUGUUCAUACAAUUAAAAGGAGGCUGCAGCUUGCCCUUAAUGUCCCUACAGAUGAAAGUUCUUUGACAUUUGGGGAUCUUACACUAAACAAUGAUCUUAGUGCCAUUCGAAAUGAUUCCCCGCUGCUUCUCUCUAGGAAAUCUAUUCAUCGGAGCUCAUCCACUCCAUGUCUCUCACCUGGUGUGGAGAAUCUUCAAGAGAGAGAUCAGAGUGGUCCAAUUGAAAUAUUGGGGUGCUCAAAUCAGUUUGAUAGAACUUCUGAGCUGGUGCAGGACAUUGUUGAGGCAAUCAACAAUGGUGUUGAUCCAAUCCCUGUCAAUGGUGGGCUUGGUGGUGCUUACUACUUUAGAAACAGCAGAGGUGAAAAUGUGGCUAUAGUGAAGCCAACAGAUGAGGAGCCUUUGGCACCAAAUAAUCCAAAAGGCUUUGUAGGGAAAGCUCUUGGGCGGCCAGGCCUGAAACGUUCAGUGCGUGUUGGUGAAACAGGAUAUCGAGAAGUAGCAGCCUACCUCUUGGACUAUGAUCAUUUUGCUAAUGUGCCUCCAACUCUUCUUGUAAAAGUUACGCACUCAGUCUUCAAUGUCAACAAUGGUGUGAAUGGAAACAAGCUUCGAAACAGGGAGAAAGUCAGCAAGAUUGCAUCACUACAGCAGUUCAUUCCUCAUGACUUUGAUGCCAGUGACCAUGGAACCUCAAGCUUUCCUGUUGCAGAAAUUCAUAGGAUUGGGAUGUUGGAUAUCAGGAUCUUUAACACUGACAGGCAUGCAGGGAACCUCUUGGUUAGGAAACUUGGUGGGAUUGGGGGUUUUAGCAAGGUGGAGCUCAUUCCAAUUGAUCAUGGCCUUUGCCUACCUGAGAGCUUGGAGGACCCAUAUUUUGAGUGGAUCCAUUGGCCUCAGGCAUCAGUUCCUUUUUCUGAGGACGAACUUGAGUAUAUAAAGAAUCUUGAUCCAAUUCAUGACUCUGAAAUGCUGAGAAAAGAAUUGCCAAUGAUUCGGGAGGCUUGCCUCCGUGUUCUGAUACUGUGCACAAUAUUUCUGAAGGAAGCAGCUGCUUUUGGACUAUGUCUUGCUGAGAUUGGUGAGAUGAUGAGUAGGGAAUUCCAUCACCAACAGGAGGAACCAAGUGAACUUGAGUUUAUUUGUCUUGAGGCAAAAGAUCUGGUAUCGGAGGGGGAGCUUUCAUUCUUUGGAGCUGAUGAUGGACAUGCUGAUGAGAUUCAGUUUGACAUAGAUUGUGAGGCUGGAGAGGUAGAUCUUGUCUUGAAGAUGUCUGAAGAUAUGUCUGACAAAGUUUUUGGAUCCGAAAGUGCCAAUGGUCAAAUCCUUCUACCUAAAGUAGAAGAGAAUUUUGAAGAGUCUGAAGUUAAGAUGGAUAAAGCACAGGUUGGGGCAGGAAGAGUUGGUCUUAGGCCAAAACAGGAAUGGUCCCAGAUUGCUUCAAGGUUGUCCCUCUCCCUGAAAAAGGUCAACUUAGAUGGGAGAAGCUACCAGUUCAAUGGUGGGAAAUCAAAGGAUUACUAUAGGAUUACAAGAAGUGCAAAUGAACAACUUCCCACAAGCACCAGUUACGUAAACCUUGCUGAUAUGAACGAAGCGGAGUGGGCUCGUUUUAUUGAAAAGUUCAAGGAGCUUCUUUAUCCAGCCUUUGCCAAGCAAAGGGCACAAACAAUUCGACAAAGACAGAGGCUCGGAACUUCAUGCCGGUUUUGAGAUGGUCAAGUAGCCUGUUGAUGUAGAAAAUCGGAUGCUGAAGAAUAUAACCCUUUAGUACUAUAGAGUUCGGAACACAGGAACACUUCUUUCAUCUUUUUUUUUUUUUUUUUUGGCUGGAAGAAGACAUUACGGUACGUAACAGUAGCCUAAGAUGUAAAUAUUCUUGGGACCCUGAGGUUUAGUAAUAAGAUUAGUAACAGAAAUACGAAAGAUAUUACAUCAAUUUCUCUGUUUCUAUGAUCUCAUUUCCAUCUUGUGAAUUUUGUGGGAUU